AGUGUUGUGUUAAUGGAGCUUAUAACAGAAAGGCCCUAGACGAAAAUGAGCCCAAAGAGAGCAUUCAUUUGGUAUCACGGUUCCACCGAAUGAACUCAAACAAGGAAUCAUUCUUGAAGGCAAUAGAUCGAGUUCUGGAAGUGACAGAUGAAACUUUUGAAAGCAUUUGCACUGUUGCAGAACUAGCAGGUCAUUGUACUGCGAGAGAGUACUAUCAACGUCCUGAUAUGGUCAAUGCUGUCAAUGUUUUGGCAUCUUUGGUUGAGAAAUGGAAGCCAACAGAUCUAGAGAAUGAUGAAUAUGGGGGAAUUGAUUUUGACAUUACCUUUCCUCAGGCUUUAAAGAAAUGGCAAGAAUUUGAAGGUACAAGUAUGAGUGGAACAGAUGAUAGAAAGGGCAGUCUUCCAACAAGGCCAACUGGAUUUGCCGAAUCUUUCACAUCUGCUGAUGGAUGCUAAAAAUAAUUGCAGGAGUUUGAAACUAAACAGUCCAGAAGUAUUUAGAAAGCAUUUACAGGAUGAUACGUCUUCUGUUAAUCUUAGCAUUAUAGAAACAGUUUUAUCUAUGUUGGUGGUGAUUUGCAUAUAUCUUUCUGGCAUUUUGUUUUUUUAAAUGAAUAAUUCAAGUUAAGGAUGCUAUUUCUAGGGGUAAACUCCUAUCAUGAAUUUUGUUUCCGUGGAUGUUGCUUUCAUGCAAUUCAUGGCCAGGUAAAAUAAUUACCUUGGUCUUAGACCCUCGAGAUCAAGCGGUUUUCUACAGAAGGGGAGUUGGAUUCAAAGCACCGUUUUUGCUAGGUCUUGAUGUCAGGGAGGAGUAGACAGUAAAGUAUUUAUUGAGUUUUCUAUAGAAGAAUUUUUGUAAUUUUUAUCUAUUAUUUGACAAGCUCAUUUUCAUUGCCUAUAAAUGUGAGUACUGUGUACCCAAAUCCUUCAAAAUAAAUAUUAAUUUGGUAUAUGGAUAGAAACUCUGUUAGCAAACACUGGCAUGGAGUUGCAAAUGGCCAGAGGCUUGUUUUUUUUAUAUUGUUUGGACUCAUGAGCAGAAGGCUAUGUUGUAGUGUUGAUAAAUUCAGUUCAGCCAGCUUAAAGAGAAUAAUUUUGCAGAAGUGGUGCAUUUUUUUUUCUCCUUUCCUUAUCCUGACAGAGGGAGGUCCAUUCUACUGCACUGCAUUUCACUUGUUCCAGGUGCCUCGAGGUUGUAUAUAUAUAUAUACAGAAACUGCUUGAGUUUAGCUUUAAAUUGAAUGCUCGCAUUUCUUUAGUAGCAAAGGAUACACCAUUAGGAUGUGC